CUUAACGUAACACCACUUGGCAGAGUGACUGUGUCUGAGAGAGGUUCAAAACUGCUGUGGUGACAGAGGAAGAGAGAGCAAAAUGAAAUAGAGAUAAGCACGCAAUCGAAAGCCAUAAUGUGGGGAGGAUCUACUCGUUUAUAACAAACCUACAGAACUUAAAAGCAUAUUGUGUCUUUGUAUGGAAGGAGAAGUGGAGUUGGAAGCCUUUUUUGGAGGUCAUGGAAACCACACCUUCCACUAUACCUGCAUCUGACAAGUGCAAUAAUUUAACUUCUAACUCCUCCAAUACUGGUGAACCACAGAUGGUUAUUCUGGGCACACUCAUGUCCAUUCUCGUUCUGGUCAUCGUCUUCGGCAAUGUAUUGGUGAUUACAGCCAUUGGCCGCUUCCAGCGACUUCAGACCAUCACAAACUGCUUCAUUACGUCACUUGCGUGUGCAGACCUGGUCAUGGGAAUGGUGGUGGUGCCUUUCGGCGCCGUUUUCAUCAUCCUUGACACUUGGCACUUUGGCAAAUUCUGGUGUAAUUUCUGGACGGCCACCGAUGUUCUGUGUGUCACAGCGAGUAUCGAGACGCUCUGUGUCAUCGCUCUGGAUCGCUACCUAGCCAUAACAUCUCCCUUCCACUACCAGUCCUUACUGACCAAGGGCAGAGCUCGCAUUAUUGUGCUGCUGGUGUGGGUCAUCGCCGGGCUCAUUUCCUUCCUACCUAUCUAUAUGGGUUGGUGGAUUUCCGAUACUACUGUUGCAAAGUGCUGCCUGAAGAAUGUUAACUGCUGUGACUUCAACACCAAUCGCGCUUAUGCCAUCAUCUCAUCAAUAAUCUCUUUCUACAUCCCCCUGGUCAUUAUGAUCUUCGUCUAUAGCCGCGUCUUCCAGGAGGCAAGGAAGCAGCUGAAGAAGAUACACAAAAGUGAGGGACGAUUUCAUGCUCAGAACAAUGGCAAAAAGCAAGAGGAAGCAACCAUCCACUGUGAAGCAAGGACUGGUAAGAAGCCUAAGUUCUGCUUGAAGGAACAUAAAGCUUUGAAGACUUUGGGCAUCAUUAUGGGUAUAUUCACGCUGUGUUGGCUCCCGUUCUUUGUACUACAUGUGGUCACGGCCAUAUAUGGGGAAGAAUUGAACAAUAUUGCAUUCAAAAUCUUAAACUGGAUCGGUUACGCUAACUCAGCCUUUAACCCACUGAUCUACUGUAGAAGUCCAGAGUUCAGGUACGCUUUCAAGGAGCUCCUGCACCUCAACAGGUCACGCUACCCUAACAUUAGGCCAGUCAAUGGAUAUGCAUAUAGUACAGCUGGGCACAGCUGGAAAAGUGAGCACCGAGGGCGAAGCAAAGGCAGCUCAGAAGACAGUGACCCAGCUGAGGGCAACACUGAGAAAGAGGGAUGCAUGUCAGCAGAUAAAACAGACUCUGAUGGGAACUGCAGUAAAAACAUAAUGUGUUGUAAACACCUUGCGAGUCCUGACUCUAAAGGUUUCACAUAAGGACAGGUUAUGCCUCAUCUGGUAAGUGGCCAGUGUUUGGGUGUGUGUUUGAUAAAGGGACAUUUUUAAAUAUUUGUUUUCCUCAUCUACCUCAUUGCUUUCUCUUCUAAAUUCACUUGCUCUGUCGGUUCAUUUCACAAUGACCUUGCUCAAAAAACUGUUUGUGCCUUUAAAAAGUAGUUUCAGCUAAAGAAAACGGCUAACUAGAAGCUAAAAAUGCUUAUCAAUUCAGUAUCAAAUGAGCAGAAAUGCUUGGAGAGAUUGUACUUCUUUGAUAGCAAAAAGACACUUUGAAGUGGUUGUUCACUAAAGGGACAUUCCUCCUGAGUCAUAUUUCUGUAAUCUUGCUUAAACUUAGGAAGUGAAUUGCAGUUUUAAAGAAUGAUCUGCUUUCAUUAGAUUAACAGAGUAGGUAUUGGCUUCUGAAACAUUAUUAUGGUAACUUAGCUAAAAUUGGAUGCUUAAAUAUUACAACAUUCAGAUAUUCAGGCUCACAUAUGCACAAAACACAAGCAUCACUUCACAUAAAGUAUAAGGUUCGUUCAUUAAUUAUUCAGAAAUAAAUUACACCACAUAAAAAUUCUUACACCUGCCACACCCCUGUUUUAGAGUACAUCUAAAAAUGUCUGGGUUAAAACUGACUCAAUUGGUUAGUCAUCACAGAAACAACGCCUCUUGAAUGAGGAAGAGAAACCAUAUGUGCAUACCAGCUUGUUUAAGGAAAUUACUUAAUUAUAAAGUUCAGUCUUUUAGUCAUGUGAUUUCUUAAGCUGAUUAAUCUUAGAUGGAAGUCAACAAAUAUAAACCAUUUUAUGCUAAUGCACAAUGUCGCAUUUUCACAGCAUAAAAAAAAUCUCUAUCUCUUGCUUAAAACAUGUACAAUAACAGAACUUCUCUGGUUAUUCACCCUAGGCCUAUUCUUAACGUUUUCCAGUAAAAAUUAGCAAGUCCAACAAUCCUCUGUGAAAAUCUCUGAGUUUCAGUGUUUAUCAAAGUCAUUAAGUGACUCCCUCUCAAAAAAUAAAAAAUAAAUAAAUAAACAUUAUCUAGAAAGAUAAGUAAAUUAGGAGGCAUCGAGUUUCCUGUCAGGCUCAGCUAAUGCAUGCAGUGUAAAACACGCAGCUAUUUCCCUGUUCCUCACUUACUCAUAUUUCUGACCCAGGCAUUUAAUCUAAUGUUCCAUGCAUAUCAUAAACUGCGUAAGUGGUAAACCGUUUCAAUGCUUGUCAGUGUCUGUGAACUAUUAAUUUAGGGCAAGUGUCUCUCUGUUACUGUGCAGCCUGUUUAUGCUGUCGAAAACUGUGAACUUUGCUCUUUAGGAAAUCUCUUCAUAUCAGUUGUGGCUUUUUGUUAUCUUGAUCAAUUUAAUGUGCAAAGCAAAAGACUUUGAGGAUUUCAAACAUUUCUAUAUUUUUCCUUUAAUGGAUAAAAUGUAGUGAUAAAGCAUUUCUGUUUCAAUGAAGCAUUGCAUCAAAGUGCAGUUUAAAACCAGCUUCCUAAAAGAGCGCACUGUAAAUCUGUUCAAUAUUUUACAUGGGAAAAAUAAAUCAAACAAUGUCAAUGUAUGU